AUGUACCGAUUUGUUGACGACACCUUCAUCAUCUGGCCCCACGGUCGCAACACCGUAGCGGAUUUCCUGGAUCACAUCAAUGGGAUACAUCCAGAUAUCCAGUUCACCAUGGAAGUAGAGAAAAACGCCGUUCUUCCCUUCUUGGAUGUUUUGGUUGAGAGGAAACCAGAUGGCACUUUAAGACACCGAGUAUAUAGGAAGCCAACUCAAACAGACAUAUAUCUGAAUGCGGAGUCCCACCACCAUCCAGCCCAGAAACAGGGGAUCAUAAAUACCUUGAUUCAUCGAGCGCGGAUCAUCGGCGAGCCAGGACACUUAGCCGAGGAACUAGAACACCUUCGCACGGCCCUGAGAGGGAAUGGCUACACGGCAAGAAAUAUAGAACGAGCUAUUAGGAGGAGACAUACGCCCAUGGUGAAACAGGAGUAG